UUUUAUCUUCCCUCCCCCCACGUGUGUACAUCGGUCUCGGGUGGAAUGUUUGUUGAUGUACACCUAUGAGUAGAAACGUAUCAAAAUUACUGUUGUAAUAUAUAUUUAUCGGAGUAAUGUUGAAAUCAAAAACUUUCGUAAAGAAGACCCGAUCAGGCGGGAUCAUGAAAAUAGUCCGUGAGCACUACCUGCGAGACGAUAUUUGGUGCGGGAGUGAAGUUUGUACAGAAUGCAAGCAAGAAGAGUCCGUGUUGCAGAAAGACGCUUGCAUUGAAAGCAACUUGUGUUCUUUCCCACACUAUUUGCUCCCAGACACAAAUGUUGUGUUGAGCCAGAUUGAUAUCCUGGAGGAUCCCUUGAUCAAGAACGUGAUCAUUCUGCAGACUGUACUCCAAGAGGUCCGCCACAGGAGCGCUCCCAUCUACAAGCGGUUGAAAGACAUCCUUCACGACAAGGAGAAACACUUUUACACUUUCACUAACGAGCAUCACAGAGAAACGUAUAUAGAGAGAGAGCAGGGGGAAAGCGCCAACGAUCGUAAUGAUAGAGCCAUCCGCAUAUCUACAAAGUGGUACAGUGAUCACCUGAACAACACCCCCACGGACAUGGGGUUAAAGGUUGUUUUGCUGACCAAUGACCGGGGCAACAAGGAGAAAGCAGAGGAGUCCGGCCUGCUCACAUACAGAUGUGAGGAGUACGUCAAGAGUCUGAUAGCCAACCCUGAGCUGGUGGAUCGACUGGCUUUGACCAACGAUGACAAGAAUGAGAUCACCAGCAGUAAGGUGUUGUUCCCGGAGCACCUGCCCCUGUCUAGGAUCCAGUCUGGGAUUAAGAGUGGGACCUUCCAACAGGGAACGUUCCGGGCUAGCAGAGACAACUACCUGGAGGCUACUGUGUUUGUCCACGGAGAAGGAGAUGACAGUACAGAGGUUCUGAUCCAAGGCCUACAGAACCUGAACAGGGCUGUCCAUCAGGACCUGGUUGCUGUGGAGAUCCUGCCUCUGAACCAAUGGGUGGCUCCGUCCUCUGUGGUGCUGCAGGACGAGGGGCCCAAGGAGGAUGAUGUCACAGAGGAGGAGGAGGAGGCAGAGUUGAAGAGUGGUCCGUCUGGGGCGGGGUCACGGAAGCCCACAGGCAGGGUGGUGGGCAUCAUCAAGAGGAACUGGAGACCCUUCUGUGGCAUGCUCUUCCUGUCCCAAAUCAAAGAGGCGACCCGUCACCUCUUCACCCCAGCUGACCGUUGUAUCCCCAGGAUCCGUAUCGAGACGCGCCAGGCGGCCACGUUGGCGGGACAGAGGAUCAUGGUGGCCAUCGACGGCUGGCCCAAGCACUCCAGAUACCCUAAUGGCCACUUUGUUCGUAGCCUGGGCAGUGCAGGGGACAAGGAGACAGAGACGGAGGUGCUACUGUUGGAGCAUGAUGUCCCUCACCAGGACUUCUCACAGGCCGUCCUCAGUUUCCUCCCCAAGAUGCCCUGGAACAUCACAGAGGAGGACAUGGCUGUGAGAGAGGACCUGAGGAACCUGACCGUCUGCAGUGUGGAUCCUCCUGGCUGUACGGACAUAGAUGAUGCUCUGCACUGUAGAGACCUGGCCAAUGGAAACCAAGAGGUUGGUGUCCACAUUGCUGAUGUGAGCCACUUCAUCCGUCCAGGCAACGCCAUGGAUCUGGAGGCUGCUAACAGAGGCACUACAGUCUACCUGACUGGAAGGAGGAUCGACAUGGUUCCUGAACUGCUGAGCUCCAACCUGUGUUCUCUACGAUCCAGUGUGGAGAGGCUGGCCUUCUCUUGUAUAUGGGAGAUCAACGACAAGGCUGAGAUAGUCAAGACCAGAUUCACUAAAAGUGUCAUCAACUCCAAGGCCUCCCUGACCUACGCCGAGGCCCAGAUGAGGAUUGAUGACGCCAACAUGAAUGAUGACACCACCAAGAGCUUACGAGGCCUGAACAGACUAGCAAAGAUCCUGAAGAAACGGAGGAUAGAGAAAGGUGCGUUGACUCUCUCCUCGCCCGAGGUUCGCUUCCACAUCGACAGUGAGACUCACGACCCCAUAGACCUACAGACCAAGGAACUCAAGGAGACCAACUCCAUGGUGGAGGAGUUCAUGCUGCUGGCCAACAUCUCAGUAGCUCAGAAGAUUUAUGAUGAGUUCUCAGAGUGUGCUCUUCUCAGGAAGCACCCCGCCCCUCCUCCAUCUAACUACGACAUCCUCAACAAGGCUGCCAAGUCGAAGGACUUGGUGAUCCACACGGACUCGGCCAAGGCUCUAGCUGACUCUCUGGACGCGGCCCAGGUGGACGGCUUCCCUUACUUCAACACCUUGCUGCGUAUCCUAGCAACACGCUGCAUGAUGCAGGCUGUGUACUUCUGCUCCGGGAUGGACAGUGACUUCCACCACUAUGGACUGGCCUCGCCCAUCUACACACACUUCACCUCGCCUAUCAGACGGUGAGAACACACACCUCACCUAUC